CCUCUCUGUAAAGAAGAGAGAUCGAUGAUCCAAGAGACGAAUCUCUCUCUCUAGAUCGUAUGAUCUGAUCCGAAGACGAAGCUCAGGAAGCGAAGAUGGGAAUCGUGUUCACCAAGCUGUUUUCUUCCGUUUUCGGAAACAAAGAAGCUCGUAUCCUCGUCCUCGGUCUCGACAAUGCCGGAAAAACCACCAUCCUCUAUCGGCUUCAGAUGGGGGAGGUCGUCUCCACUAUUCCCACUAUUGGAUUUAACGUGGAGACUGUGCAGUACAAUAAUAUCAAGUUUCAGGUCUGGGAUCUAGGUGGACAAACGAGUAUCAGGCCAUAUUGGAGAUGUUAUUUCCCAAAUACACAAGCAGUGAUUUAUGUUGUUGAUUCGAGUGAUACUGAUAGAAUUGGAGUGGCCAAAGAAGAGUUCCAUGCCAUUUUGGAGGAAGAGGAAUUGAAAGGUGCAAUGGUUCUUAUAUUUGCAAACAAGCAGGAUCUACCAGGAGCACUCGACGAUGCAGCUGUGACCGAGGCCUUGGAGUUGCACAAGAUAAAGAGUCGUCAAUGGGCAAUAUUCAAAACUUGUGCUGUGAAAGGCGAAGGACUUUUCGAAGGCCUAGACUGGUUGAGUAAUACGCUCAAAUCAGGGACUGGCUAACAUUCAUCGCUCACCACAAAGCAGCAGCGUGCGUGUAUCAUCUUUUCUACUGUUAGCUUUACAUUCUUCGACAAAGAGUUGAUAGCGUAUCAGUUAUUGACCUCUUGUGUUUUUUGUCCGAAGAAGAUCAGACUUGUGGAGUUGUUGUUGUGACAUUUAAGACGUCAUUUUUAACAUAAAAUUGAACAUAUAAAGAUUACCAAUAACAUUUGCUUCACUCUCAAA